AUGUCGAUCCGGCAAAGUUGUCUACAUCGUCUCGUCAAUUUAAUGUUUGUUCUUUUGACGGUAAGUGUUCAGUAUUUAUUUUUUCUCAAAAUGUUAUCUCAAAUUAAAUGCCAAAAAUGUUUUGUAUUUUGUAAAAUAUUUCCAUAUUGUGUAGAAUUGGUGUGUAUAAUAAUACGAUAAUAAUUUUCAAAAUAAUGUUAAAUUUUUGAACGAGUAAAUUUAUAUUAAUAUAGCCAUAAAAAACUUUAUCAUUGCCAUACUAGAAAAGUUAAACAUCGAUCUAAUUUAUACAGCUAAGAAUUUUUUAUUUAGUUUCGAAAUAAAAGGUCGAAAUGAUAUUUUAACAAGACGCCCUAUUGAGCGUUUAGUUGCUGGGUUUUUUAAAAUACAGUGCGAUUCCACGAUAUGCGCAGAUUUGACGAUAGGUGCUUGUAAGUCUAAAAUGUAAAGUGCGCCUAAAUUGAUAGGCAAAUAAUAACUUUAUAACUUCUCAAAUGGCCGUUUUUAUACUAGAGACGCAUUAUGCGUCUGGACGCAUAAUCCGUCUUCUACAUUAUUCGUCUAGUAUAAAGACGGGACGAAUAAUACUAGACGAAUAAUGUAGAAGACGGAUUAUGCGUCCAGACGCAUAAUGCGUCUCUAGUAUAAAAACGGCCAAUGCGACGAACCAUCAACAUUUAUUGUUCGUCUGGUUAUGCGCCCUCAGUAUAAAGACGGGCACAAGACGCAUUAUGCGUCUAGACGAACUAUCAUCGGUUGUGCGUCUCUUAAGACGAAGAAUCGAACAAAGUUUGUCUAGACGCAUAAUGCGUCUUGUGCCCGUCUUUAUACUAAGAACGUAUAACUAAAUGCUUGCCCAAGUUCGUGGGCAAAAUUUAAUGAAUGGCUUUUUAACUAUCCGUGGUAUAACAUAAAAUUGUGAGCCACUCAUGUUGUUUCACACACUCCUAGGUCUUUGCCGACCAGGGGAAAGUGAAAGUUGUUCUGCGUGCCUCAAAGGAAAAGUGCACGCACAAGGGCAAACGUUCUCAUACAACAUUUAAAGCCCCAUUUACACUAUGCCGGAUUACUUUUCAUACCGGAUUCAUUUUUAUUCCGAAGUAAAAAAAACAAGGGUGUUUACACUAUGCCGCUUCGCUCUGUUGCCAGCUCAUGUAUUUCACUGUCGCCAUGGAAACAAGUAACCAAUAUACCAAAAUUUAUUAAAAACAUGAAGUAACACCCGUUUUCUUUGUAAAAUAUAACUUUGUUUAAAAAGCUUGACCACCAGACGUUGCUUCGUUUCGCUCUAAUCCAAAAUUGACGAGUAUUUCUUUAAAUUUUGCUCUUUCGAAAGCGAAAAGUCAAUGUUGUUAUCGUUUUCUUUAUUUGUCUUCGGCAGAAAUAGUGAAUGGUUGUAAGGCGAAAUAAACAACAGCUAUAAAGUGUUGUAAAAGCGAGCAAAUAAAGGCAACAAUGUUAAAACAUACACGCCAAAACCGAUUUUGUACCGAAGUACGCCGGAUUAGACUGCAGUUUACACUGCUCCGGCACAUACCGGAUUACUUUUCAUAUCAUGCACCUCCAAAGCGGAGUGACUUUUGCUCCGCGUCGCGUACCGGAUCACUGUGGCAUAGUGUAAACAGCUUUUAGACAUAAUAUGUACAUGUAAUUUGCAUUUUCUCUUCACUUAUAUAUAGGUAAAACAUCUAAUCGAUAUGGAAGUUGUUGGUUCUAUUAUCCGAGGUAUAUUCUGAUUCUAUAUAGUUUCUUUUUAUUUUUAAUUUUACCGCUGCAUGCGUCAGAUGCAUGUAGCUGUUCAGGAUGAUUUCGCCUACUCGGUGAAAUUUAUUUUCUAAAAUUAAUUUUCUGAAAUAGAAAUAACUAUAAAUUAUUUAUGUAAGUAUAGCCACAUCUUGGUUUUAUUAUUAAUGUAAAAGUGUUAUUCUGCCCAGUUGCACUACAUGUUUUCGCUGAAUUUUUUGCAUAAAUGGCGUUUCAGGAUUUGUAUACGCUGUUUAAAAAGAGAAAGUUGCAGAUUUUCCAAUGGUUCACAAUGUAAACGCAAAAUGUGUCCAGUUUGAGAUUAUCAAUACAAAAUUUAGUUUCAAAGCCGUACAAUGAAAUUAAAGAAAAAAGCCGUCACAUCAAGCAAACUAUAGUAAGUUUGGUAACUAACAACGGCGACGGCAGAACACGAAAUCACUUUUGUAUUCGAUCUAAAACGUACAUUACUAAACAAUCCUGAACUUCCCUGUGAAUUCACCUAAAACAUGCACCCCAAACGUUUUACUCUGUUGGCGUGGUCGUGAGCCGUGAAAAUGAUGUAAAUAACGUGGCAAUGUGAACAACUACGGCCAAACCAAUACAACCCACAAGCCUUCGAUAAGACUUUUGGGUAUCUGUAUGGGAGGCUGCAUGACGUGCAGAGGUGGGUUAAAAAAGGUCGUCAGAAUUAGACUAAGGUUAUGAGGAUAGAUUAGGGUUUGGAACCGGCUUAGAGUUAGAGGUCGGGGUUAUAUUAGGGUUAGGGUUCAAUUUAAGGCACUGUUGCAUGGCACAGAUGAUCAUCCUGGUUGGAUAUCGCCCGUAUUUCUCAUUUUACAAAUCCUGAUUGUUACCCAUCGAGAUCAUGUGACCGGGUGCACCGAAGCAAAUUUAAUGGAUUCUGUUGUAUCGCGAUUCGUGAAUGCAAUGUGUUUGUUCACUAGUGUAUUCCAUCAGUGUAAUUAUGCCUCAAUCGUUCUUCAGGGAAUUGGAUAAAGAGACAAACUACGAGUUAUUUUGUCAGUAGUUCCAAAAGUACCUGGAAAGAUGCAAAGGAAUCUUGUUCCAGUCUUAAUGCUCAUUUACUAGACAUAAGCAACGAUGCUGAUGUACAUUUUCUGAAGGACAACGUGACAUUUAAUGGCCAGAAAUUCUGGAUUGGACUUCGAAAGAAUGAUUCGACAUUAAAUACACAGGUUUAUCAAAACGAGGACGAUGUUUUGAUAACUGACGGCGGAUGUUUAACGGCUAGGCUGAAUAAAAGCUCAUUAUGGGAAUUUAAAACAACUCCAUGCAAUUGGCUGCGGAAAUCUUUUUGCUUGAAGCUCACAGGUAAAGUUUGUAAUUACAAUAGAACCCCGUUAACUCGAACUCCCAAGGACCACUACUUAAUAUUUUUCCUUAAUACGUAGACAUGUCAGGGAAUUGUGACGAAGGAUGGACCAGGUAUGAAGACUCGCACUGCAUACUUCCUGUAUACCACCAAAUAAGUUGGUUUGCUGCGUAUGUCCAUUGCAAGAGAUUAAAUGGCCACCUUCUGAAAAAAGAAGACCUUCAAAAACUGUUGAACGCCUAUUUUAAGAUAAAUAUAUACUUUUGGAUUGGUAGAAGAAAUCGUUUCAAAGUUGAACCGAAAGCCAAUUGGACUUGGUAUAAAAGUAAUGUGGUAUUUAGUGACUGGUUGAAAUGGGAAAUACGCGUACAAACAAUUGGAUGUGGUGGUUGCGGUUAUUGGAGUAGAAAGAGGAUCUUCCUGAAUGCAGAUUGUACCAAGUAUCGCUCAGCUAUCUGCGUAUUUGAAUUGUUAGACCGUAAGUCACAUUGCAAUAAAUUGCAUUUUGCAAUAUUGUACAUUAAAGGGAGUUUAGUUAAGUACAGCACAACACAGCACAGCAUAUCGCAGAACAGCACAACGCAACACAACACAACACAACACACCACAUAACAAAACAACACAACACAACACAACACAACACAGUUAGUGCAGUGCAGUUACUGAUCUCAAAGCUGGGUAGAGAAACCUUUCGGAAUUCAGGGAAUUAAUUUUGAAGCCAGAAUAUUUAUAAUAUGGAGAGAUUUUUAAAUCUAUCACAUUCCUUACGAAUCAAAUUGUUACGUGUUUCAAUUGGUUAUACUAUCAAAUAAUAUCUUCUUCUGCGCAUGAAAGAUAUCGCUUCCCACACUUCUUCUAAUGAGUUUUAGAAUGUUUUAAACCCGUCGAGACUUGUGGCGACCAUAUUGGUAAUUUGGUAUGAUCUCAUUAAGUAUUCACUGGCAAAUUUCAGAGGGACGAGAGGCCACUAAAAACUAAUUUCUCUCUAGGUAAUACUUUUUAUUCCUAUCAAUCGCCAGAAACUCUAAUAACCUCUUCCAACGUGUUAGCAAGACCAUAUGGGUAAUGGGUCACACCAAUAAGGCCCGAUUGACUUCAUUUAUGUAUAGCAGAUGUUUUAUCAGUGAGUCCUCGUUUUGACAUCAAGGCAGUAGCACAGCAGAACACUGUAGAGUACACCACAGCACAAAAGUAUAGUACGGUACUGUACUGAUUAAACAUUACAGUACAGAUUAAUUAAACAUUACAGUACAGCAAAGUACACUUCAGUAUAAUUCAGCGGGGUUCUUUACAUAACGUUAUAACAUACUCCCACCAUCACAAAAAUGUUUUCCUCCAUAACGAAAUCAUCUGCCUUUUGUGUUCUAGUACAAUUAAGUUACCAUGAGGGUGAUAAAACCAAUUUUCAAUUGUGCUUAUUCUCAUAUCCCUACUUUUCUUCUUUGUUCAGAUAAAUACUUCUCUAAUGCUACGGAACGGCGCUCUUCGUGGAUCUCUGCCAAAAACACUUGUGACACGCAAAGUAGCUUACCUCAAUUCACAGAUAGAGACGUUGAACAAGUCUUUAGAAAUUUCUCAAAGGACUUCCACAAUUUCUCCAUUUGGUUGGGUCUGCGAAAGAAUAUUUUGAGCAAAAACGAUUGCAUAUCAAUAGAAGUUGAAAACGAUACCAAACUCACCGAUUUUACAUUGGAGAGAUGUUAUUCAGUGAAUUGUUUAAAUAUAACAAAAAGAAAAAUGCAAACGCCUUGUGAUGAACUGCAUCACCCAUUAUGCGUUCAAAGAAAAUCCCAGCUCAAAGGUAUAGUUCCCAGAAGAUUUAUUUAAAGUUCUGUUAAUUCCAAAUAUAAAUUUUGCUUGUGUAAUUAAUGGGUCGUUCUAGGAGGAAAUGGAAAAGGAUGCCUCUCUCUUUAGGUAUCAACAUAUGGCUUAUAGAACAAAACAUGUUGAACCACAAUGAAAACUAUGGGGCACACUCGGAGACCACAUAUCCCCGCCAGAAAAUUACGUUAUGUAUCAAAGCAAGACCAACUUAUGCAAAUUUCUCAUCAAAUCUUUAUCCAAAUUUUAACAAAAAUGAAUCACUUUGUUCUUCGGCAAUAGUCCCACAACUUUUCGUAUUAAUUUGAUAUUUUUUAAUUUAUCGUGCUGAAGACAGAGAAACGCACACAAACGCACGCACACAUCACAACACAACACGGAUGAAAACAUACCUAUGGCCCAAAGGGUAAUGAUCCAUCAUUUUUUAUGAGAGAACAAAAACGGAGUACACUGAAGUCAAAGUACAGGAGAGAAUCACUUAUCAUUUUACUUACACGAGUUUUUAAGGCGAUGUUACGCCAACCUCGUUCCAGGACUCUGCCUCCACGGCUGAAGGUCGGUGGAAAUUGGCCCCAGGAUCGGCUGAUCAUUUCUACAAUCCCAUUGAUCUGUCCAAAACUCAUUUUAACUUGCAGUAUAAUUCAUUCAAACAACUGCAGUGCUUUAAGAUUGUUUUGUCUUCAAAUUAUACGGUUAACUUAAGAAAAUACCGAGACUAUAGUCAAGAUUUACUUACGUCAUAUACUUGCCGUGCUAUGUGCCUGUCGGACUCAUGGUUAUAAGAAUUAUGCAAGCAUACUGCUCUUAAAAUAACAUCUUUAGAUGAAUAAGUUGGCAAAUAAUUCAUUACUUCACAUUUAUUAUUCAUAAACAAACAACAAAUAUUUAAUUUCACAUAAAUUAUUGUAUCAAAACACCCAGAAAUUCUGGGUGUCAUGCAGUGAACUCAAUCUAGUUACCAUAAAAGACAUGGAGUUCACUGGUAUCAUGCGACCAGCCGAUCCCAGGGCCAUUUUCGCCGCGACUUUCAGCUGUGGAGGCAAAAUGCCCUGGGGACGAGGUUGAUGUUACGCGAUACGAUAUUGAACGACGAUUCGGAACGCAACGGGUUCCCGAACCAAUGAAUUCGUGCAAUUUCAUUUGCAUUAUGAAUCGUCUUUGAAAAUUGUCCCGUGAAACAUCGCCUUCAAGUAUAUUGACACAUGUCCGGUUCAGUCAAUUAAUGGAAUUGUAUCUAUUUAUUUAUUAUUACCUUAAGUAAUAUUUAUACUUAAUAUAAUGACUGUAAUCGUAUUUUUUCUUGUUAUUGUAAUCUUAGGCCUUUCAUACCAUACCAUACCAUACUAUACCAGGCCAUGCCAUAUACCAUACCAUAUAUCAUACCAUAUACCAUAUACCAUAUACCAUACCGUUACUCCAUACCAUAUAUCGUACCAUAUACCAUACCAUAUACCAUACCAUAUACCAUACCAUAUACCAUACCAUAUACCAUACCAUAUACCAUACCAUAUACCAUACCAUAUACCAUACCAUAUACCAUACCAUAUACCAUGCCAUAUACCAUACCAUAUACCAUACCAUAUACCAUACCAUAUACCAUACCAUAUACCAUACCAUAUACCAUACCAUAUACCAUACCAUAUACCAUACCAUAUACCAUACCAUAUACCAUACCAUAUACCAUACCAUAUACCAUACCAUAUACCAUACCAUAUACCAUGCCAUAUACCAUACCAUAUACCAUACCAUAUACCAUACCAUAUACCAUACCAUAUACCAUACCAUAUACCAUACCAUAUACCAUACCAUAUACCAUGCCAUAUACCAUACCAUAUACCAUACCAUAUACCAUACCAUAUACCAUACCAUAUACCAUACCAUAUACCAUACCAUAUACCAUACCAUAUACCAUACCAUAUACCAUACCAUAUACCAUACCAUAUACCAUACCAUAUACCAUACCAUAUACCAUACCAUACCAUAUACCAUACCAUAUACCAUACCAUAUACCAUACCAUAUACCAUACCAUAUACCAUACCAUAUACCAUACCAUAUACCAUACCAUAUACCAUACCAUAUACCAUACCAUACCAUAUAUACUAUACCAUGCAGUACAAUACAGUAGUUUGGGUUAAGAAGAACACAACUUGCGAUUGCGGCUCAGUUAUUAGGGCAGCGAGCCAACCCAAUCUACCACUCUAAUGGCGCCAUAUAUAUUUUUGUUCUUGUAGACAUAUGUACAGAACCCUGGCAAGACUGUAAGAACGUUUGUUGCCUGGUACUCAAUAAUGUGCAAGCCAGUUGGAUUGCUGCACACACAUUUUGCUUACAACAAGGUGGUCAAUUAGCCGAUGCGUAUGAGUUAAGAACCGAUGGAAUUAAUUUUACGAUGAAACCUUCUCCAAAACGUUGUUGGUUACCCAAAAGACACGUCUUCACCCCGCGGGAUCCACUGGAAGGUUGGCAUUGGAUCAAUGGUUCUCCACUCAUGGUCACCAGUAGCUGGGGGGUUGGUGAACUACGGUAUAAUGGAAAACUUGGCCGUUGUGCUGUGAUCGUCGACGAUCGUAAAUGGGAAGACGAACCUUGUUCUCACACACGUACAUACAUUUGUAAAUCAAAGAAAGCGGACCUAGACGAUAAGGUAACCGAAUAAUAAACUAGACGGCUGAAAAAAUCCCCCCCGGAAAAUAUUAUCGCUAAUGUCUCCGACGGUGAUUAAGUGCGACAAUUAGCAUAAAUUAUGGCCGGUUCCAUCGCUGUGUUGCUUUUUACUAGUAGUAGCUGUUAUUUUUGUCGAUGGGCGGGUUUAAUUGGUUUCAUGAGAGGACAAUUCACCGAUCCCAAACUCAUAACGCGCGCUAGCACGCGUGAAGGUGUAUAAACUUGUAUGUAUAAACUUGUGGUGUGUGGACGAAGUUAGUGAUGGUGCAAGGUGCUAUCAAUAUACGCAUGCUAGCGAACGUUAUGAGUUUGAGCUCGGCGCAUUUUUCUCCCAUGCAGCCAGUCAAAGCCGUCCAUCGACAACCAUGGAGUCCCUGUCAUUUGGGACGGUAGCAUAAUAACCACGAUAAAUGUUGGAUGAGUGUCUAUUUAUAGGCGGCUAUUCACAUGCGUUUCGUGCCACAUCUAGCCGGACAGUGAGAGAAAUUAGUCAUUUGUCUUAUUUAUACACAGGACGAGAUAUACAAAGAGAUAGAAAAAUUUGACACCUACAUCAAAAAUUAUCUUAGAAAUGACAACGUCUCUCAGGUAAGCGAAGCGAAAACAUUCGUGUAUUUACGUGUAGUCAUAAAUGCGGGCAUUCUACGUUUGCAAAGAGAUAAAUCGCAGAGAUGAUGAAUAGUAGUGUUACAAACUUGUUGAUUUUCUAUAUUUAACACGAAUGAAACUAAUGGUAGGUAGGCGCUAGCAACUGAUAAGUUUCCAGUACGUUUGCGUCCAUAAUAAAUAAUAUAUAAGGGUCACGAAUUUAUCAGUAUCGACAGAUUCCUGAAGGGAAGCGAAUUUAUCAUUAACUUGCAUAUAUUAUCAUGUUUAUCAUUAACUUGCCUCCAUGUCGCCACCAGUCAAUCAUUUUGACCCACCUAUUUAUCAGUAUCGAUUCGUCAAUAUUGACGGAUUCCUGAAGGGAAGCGAAUUUAUCAAUCAUUUCGACCCACCCCGAAGUCAAGGUCCCUUUUCUUUAAUUUAAAUAUAAGCAAAACAUCGCACAAUAUUUAAGAUGUUGGAAGCCUAGGCUAAACAAGUUAGUAACCGAGUUGUGGUAUUUACAGACCCCCCUAUACUAUCACAUACGACACCACACCAAACGUUUUGUCACUAAUAACAAUUUGUCAUCUCUCCACACUCAGUAUUGUAUAGACCAUAGUCUUUUUCUGUGGACGCCCCGCACCCUCUCUCCCACUGACGAAAUCUUAAAGGGCAUAUGACUUGAAAAUUGACGGGGUUAAUCUUUAGUCUAAUUUGAAAAUCAUUGAAAACUCUGGGGUAACUUCUUUUACAGAUUUUUGUUUUUUUGCUUCGUUUCGGAAAUAUUUCAUUUUGUAUGAUAUGCAAAGGACCAACUUUCGACCUCAUACAGUACAUGCACAAUGAUUUACUUUAUUAAAAUGACAUAUAAUUUCGUCACUAUUGAAAUAAAUUCGCUCAAAAAGAAUGCUGAGCACGAGACUUGUCCGCAACAACACCCAUUGUAGAUUUUCUACUGAUUGUGUUUAGUCGUAUUAAAGAUAUAACUACAGCUUUUAGGGCUUCAAUCUUUAAUAAAUUAUUUAAACACGGUAGCCUGUUCAGCAGAUAAUAUUUACAGCGCUGGUUUUCAAAGGGCCGUGUAUUUACAACAAUAAUAUAAAAAGGACAAAAAGAAUAUAACCAUUUACAAUGAAUUGAUACGGAUGAAUUAAGUAAUUGCCGUUUAAACGACAAAAUUGAAAGAUUGUUAUAAUUUUCAAUAGUUUCACUUGGAAGUUCGUUCCAGGACUUAGCAGCUCUAUACGAGAAACUUCGUUUGAGAAAAUUUGUCUUAGGUUUGGGUAAGUUCAAUUUAAUUUGAUUGCUUCUUAGAUUGUAAUUGUCAUUUUGACUUACUGAAAACAAUUUUUCAAGGUAUCGAGGUAAUCGACCAGUUAGUACUUUAAAUGUCAUUAUUAACUGUCGUUGUUUUAGAAGUUCUUCCAUUGGAAGCCAAUUAAGACUAUCUAGCGUUUGCAUGGAACGAACCUCGUAUGUGCCCCUGUUAUCACACGCGCUGCUCUCUUCUGCAGUAUAAACAAUUUAUCAAUUAUCGAACAACAUCCAUCAUUCCAGAUUGUUGAACAAUAAUUGAAAUGAGGCCACACUAAGGCAUUGUAGAUUUUUAUCAGACUAUCUCUAUUGACAAACAAUUUUGCUCUUUUCAGCAGGGCGAUAUUAUUUGAAAUUGUUUUACAUUGCAUUUCAUUAUGUUUAUUCCAUUUUAGCUGGUCGUCAAGGAUCAUGCCUAGUGACUUUUUUUGAUAAACUCGCUUAAUGUUGUUUCCCCCUAAUGUUAGUACUGGGCUAUUUUCAAUUGAAACUAAGCGACGUCUUGAUCCUAUUAUCAUAAAUUCACUCUUUUUCAUAUUUAAUGAGAGCUUGUUAGCUGUCAACCACCUAUGAACAUUUUCAAUGUCUUUAUUAAGUUUGAUCUCAAUUUCAUAUGGACUAAACCCUUCACAAGAAAGGCUUGUGUCAUCAGCAAAAAGAUUUACUUUAGUUGUCUCUAAACAGUUAGGAAGAUCAUUUAUGUACAAUAGGAAUAAAAUAGGCCCAAGGUUAGAGCCCUGAGGUAUCCCGCAUUUUAUUUGUCUAACAGCUGACAUCUUGCUAUUCACAGAGCAUAUUUGGCUUCGACCAGAAACGUAUGAUUCGAACCAUUUCAGGCUAGUUCCUUUAAUACCAUAUAAUUCAAGCUUUGAUAAAAGAAUAUGAUGGUCGACAGUAUCAAAAGCUUUUUUAAGGUCUAGAAAUAAAACUCCGCUAAGUAAACCUCUGUCCAUAUUGAACAACCAUUCAUUUGUAGAACUAAGCAGUGCAGUUUCAGUAGAAUGCUGAUGACGGAAGCCAGACUGCUGUUCCACAAGAACGCCAUUCAACCUCAAGAAUGAACUUAGCUGCAGGUAUACCAGUUUUUCGAAAAGUUUAGCUACAGCUGAAAUAACAGAUAUUGGCCUAUAAUUUUCACAGUCUGCCUUAUUUCCUUCUUUAAAUAUGGGGGUCACCUUUGCUAAUUUCCAAUUAUUAGGGAAAAUUGCUCUUUGAAGGGAUACAUUGAAUAUGUUCACUAGUGGUCCUGCCACAAUGUUAGAUGCAUCUUUUAGUAACCUUAUACUAAUACCAUCAAGCCCUGGAGAUUUCUUAGUUUUAAUUUCAUUGAGUGCAUCUAUUGUUUCUUGGACUGUAAUGCUUGUAAAGUUGAAUAUACUACCAUCAAGAGGAGUCACAAAGUUCAUUGGAUCAGUGCAGUUACCUGUGAUCUUGUCAGACAACGUACUGCCAAUUGUGGAAAAAUAUUGAUUGAAGGCAUCUGCAAUUUUAUCAUCGUCAGUAAUAAGUUGGCCAUUUAUAUCUAGUUCUUUAACCUCUGAAGUUUUAGGCUUUUUGUUUAAUAAUUCGUUAAUAGUUCGCCAACUUUCUUUGCUAUUUUUAGCAUUGCUUAGUUUAUCUCUUAAGGUCUGAUGCAUAUGUAACGUAUAUAGAAGUUGGUUCUUUGCAUAUCAUACAAAAUGAAAUAUCUCAAAAACGAAGCAGGAAAACAAAAAUCUGUCAAAGAAGUUAUACUCUACAGUUUUCAAUGAUCUUUCAAAUUAGACUAAAAAAUAACACCGUCAAUUUUCGAGUCAUGUCUCCUGAAAAAAGGCCGUGCAUGUACUUACUGACAGCUGUUACCCUCAUUGAAUAUGUAUAAUUUCUUAAUUUUAAGAAACAAGAAGGAGAUAAAAAUACAGAAGAAAUUUUACCUCUCUUUACAAAUUUAGUCGUGGGACUGGUUAACAAAAGCAGCUUUAACGCGUCGUUCAGUAUCAAAACAGACGGAUUUGGUAUAUUAAUUGUUGAUUUUCCGUGAAUUUUACAUGCAAUUUGAAUUGUACAUAAAUUCUUAUGAUGAUGAUGUCAUUUGCUUUCAGAACUUGAUGUUUUCACGACCAGCGUGAAGGAUUUGGUGGAUGGUAAAAUAAACACGUCACAUCCCACUCCAAUGGUUUCCAUACGAAAAUUGUGUGAAAAUCGUCAAUCUUGUAAGUUGCAUGGUAAUGAAGACUUGGUAAUGAACUUUACUCGGUUUUUAAGUAAGUUUUGAGUUUGUAAAUUUGAUUUAAAUUAAAGAAGAAUAGGUCAUAUAACUAGUUUGCUCUUAUAAAUAAUUAAAAAAUAAAAUUAAGUUCCAAACUUCCAAUACCUAUAUUGGUGGUAAAUUAGAAUGCAGAAAAGGUAAGUUCUUAACUUUUUUGUUCAGGAUCUUGCAGUCUCGCGGUAAAAUUACGUUACGCUAAGAAAUCACGCGAUUUUGGGUAGCAAAAAUAGAGAUUGUUCUGAAUUUUUCAAAACAAAUUAUGCUUUCGGCAUGAAUUCGUAUUAAUAAAGGUAAAUAAAAGCGAUAAACUGGAGCCCUAUACCGAAGUAAACCCGUGAAAUUUUGAAGGCUAAUGGAUACUGUGUAUAUUUAACAAUUAGACAACGAGUAUAAACUUUAACAUUAAUUUACAACUAGGCUGCGAACACAAUACAAAAAUACACAAAAAAACAUGAUAAAACCAUUGAAGGUAAACAAAUAUUUUAGUUUUUGUUCGCGUAAAAUGUUUUACAAAAUUCAGUUUUAAUUUUAAAAUUUCAUUGAGUGUAUAGUUAUUUUGUCUAUUUUCUUACCCUUAAAAAUUGCCAUUCGCCAUAUUUUUGUUGCUUUUUUCGGGUGUUUUUAGUACAGAAUUGUUCAACAAGUCGUCCAAAAAUUGAAAAAAUCAUCAGACACUUCGGCAAAAGUGCAAAACGCGAAUUUUCCGCCAUUUUGAAUUUUCUAUUAGUAGGCUAUCACUAAUAGCCUACUAGUAGCGUAGCCAAUCAGAAGGCACGAUAUGUGAUAGCCUACUAGUAGGUUUAUACUAAUUUUAUUUAUUUCUAAACAUUUGUCACCGAAAAUGGCGGAAGUCAAGCAAUUAUGCCGAAUUGUGUGUUGCGUCGUUACCUGCAUGGCCCAAAUAGCUAUAUUUGUACAGCUAUAGGUGUACCAAAAAAGGUUAUCCAAACGUAGCGUGCUUUUAGGCGUUCAAUAUUGCAUGUACAGAUUUUUAAUUUUUACAUUGACACGUUUGGGAUUCUAGAUUUCGAAUGACACGUGUUUAUAUUAUUCCAAGCAUAAAUAACCCAAAAAGUGCCGAUUAAAAAUCGCUAGGGGCGAAAUACUUUCCCACCUUUGUAUACGCUAUUAAAGCGGUACAUUACAGAAUUAAUUGUUAAAAUGUCUUGCCAAAUUAUACUAUAAAACAGAAGUGGCAACAUAUAAAAAUUCAUGAUUUUUUUAUCAAAAUGGAAUUUAUUUAACAUUUUUUAACUUCCCUUUGGAGCUCGAAUUAGCGAGGUUCUACCAUAGGUUUAUGAUUACUAGGAUAAGUUUUUCAAAGCUACAUGCAGGAUUGCCCUUUUUUAUGUACCCUGUAAAAGAAAAAUAUUUAAGCAUCAUUGUUUAGAUAUAAAGUUUUAAAAUUCAGCUAUAAAUCAAGCUUCAGUUUCCAACAAUUAUCUGAUUUUUUUCGAACCGUCCUGACCGCGUAGCUCAGUUGGCAGAGCAUUGGGCUAGUAUUCCAAAGGUCGUAGGUUCGAUUCCCACCGUGGCCGGACAAAUUUUUCAAGCUCGCCCGGUGUGGAUAUACACCCAGAGUAACAUCCAGAGAGUAACAUCACAAACAUAAUUAUCUGAUUUCUUUCAGGUACGGUUAAAGGUAUUAUAAUGGAAGUGGAGAGCAUUCGAUUGAACAUCACAUCAACUGGGUGUGUGAUAGGUUACAAUGACCACUUAUUAUACUGUAAUUAAAAUGCAGUUACAUGAAAAUUGUUAUGCUGCCAAAUAGAAAGAAAGAUUAACCCAAUAAGUUGCAGGGCCUCUCAGAGAAAUUCGGGGGCCCUAAUUUUUCCGGGCCCGAAAAAUAUUUUUCCGGAUAUUUCCAAAAAGAAGGUUCAAAACAUUUUUCCGGACAAACACCAGUUAAAUUAAGGUUCGAGAACAUUUUUCCGGACAAAUGCCUGUCAAAACACGGGUAAAACACAUUUUUGUGGACCAAUAUCGGUAAAAUUAAGGUAUAAAAAUUGUUUCUCAUAACAUUAUUUUUAUAAAAAACGUCCCAAUUAUUUUUUUGGUUUAAUUACACAUUUUGUCGCUCCCUUUUUCAAAUUUUGGUCCCCCAAUAAUUGGGAGCCGAAGAAAAAUUGCCCCUUUUGCCCCCCCCCCUGAGAGGCGGCUGAUAAGUUGCAUACCUACAUUGCGCCCAGCCCCUAUUUUAAUUUAUUCUGUCUAACACCGGACGAUUUUACUCGUCAAUGGGUUAAAGUGCAACAAAACUUAAACAUGAUUUCUGUAUAGUGUAAUGGUUGGGUAUUUCUUUGAAGAAAUGUAAUAUGUAUGUAUCUUUAAUAUAAACUUGAGCAACUAUUUUACUGUCAAUGCCGGAUAUGAUGUCAUAAAAGGAAUUUUAGUGGAAAAAAACAAGCAAACUUACUGGCAAUUAUAUUCAUCUAAUCACAUCUUAUCCGGCAAGUUCUUUAUGGCAAACCAAUAAAUAAAGAAUUGUCAAGUUGCAAGCAGAAUAUCAGUUGCAAGUUAUUGCUUAAAUCAUUGUGUUUUAUAGGCAGGCAUCACGUUCCAAAGUUGCAGAUGUAAUAUCAUUAAACUACUUAGUCGAAGGGAGGGAAGUUAACGAGUUACGUGGAAAUGAAACGAUAUCUUUGAAGUUUGAUAGAAAAGAACAAUCUAUGCAACCUCAAGUAAGCUAUACACCAAAAGGAGUUUUGUAGGCGGAACUUUCAAGUGUAAAUAUUUACACAUUUUGUAUAGGUACAGUAAUAGGAUGAUUACGAGUGCAGUUUUGGUAAAACAUGCAAGAGUGAGUUUUUCAAAAAGCAUAAAAAUAGCACGAGUCUGAAAGACGACGAAACGGACGAGUGCUGUUUCAGGUCUUUGAAAAAAGAAAUCGAAUUGCGGCCCUAUUCAGCUUCACUAGAAUACUCUAUAACCAAGUGAGCUAUAGAGUCCAGUUGAUGAGAUUUAACAGUAAUUUCAUACAAUUAUUGAAGUGAUCCUAGUGUAAGGUGUUUGAUAAAUUAUAAAUACCAGGUUUUGGGCAUGCCACUGGAUAGAACUAAUCUAGAAUAUUUGCAUAUUUGAACUGUUUUAAUGAAACCACUCGACUAAUUUAGUAGCAAUAUUUAAAUAACAAUUAUUCACCAAAGGCGAGGUGAUUAUCGGGGAAUAUAAUCAUGGGCGUACGGGAAGGAAAAAAUUAGGGGGGCGGAAAGAAAUUUGCCCGACUUUUUCGGAUUGUGCCCGAGUUGUCAAGAAAAAAUUUCCGGAGAAACUUUCCAAAAUUGUUGUCGACGGGGGGAGGGGAGGAGUGAUUACGAAAAAUUCCUAUUAGAUAGCAUAUUUCCCACAAAAUUGACAGAAUUUCAAACUCGUUCCCAGGGCUUUUAAAGGGAAAAGCCCUGGGAACGAGGUUGGACAGAAUUUCCCACAAAAUUGACAGAUUUGUCCCAUUUAUUUUUAUAAUAAGCCAUAACUGAAAUAUGUAAAUGAACGCGCUCGAAAUAUUUCGAUCUUCUGCAUGGUCUUUCAUACUGUAAUUUCAUUGCUUUUUUCGUGUUAAAUUCUAAAGGUUCACUGCAUAUUUUUGGAUGGAAAUCAAUGGAGUGAAAGAGGAAUAGAAAAUGGGGUGCAUAAUGACAGAACAGCGGAAUGUAUUGCGAAUCAUUUGACAAGUUUUUCAAUGGUCGUCCUUGACGCAGAGGUAAAAACAAAAACAUAACACAAUGACUUCAGUGCAGUUUCACGACCAUGACGACCAUCAUAUUAGUGUGGCGGAUAUGUGCAUGGAUGUUUCCGAAGAGGGUUAAAAGCACCAAAUUGUGCACAGUAGCAUCUUUUUAUGAGUAGAACAACAUGCAAAAGUGGGGCCAUCGUGAAACCGGUUUUUUUAGAGAGUUACGAUGCUAUUAGCAUUAUUUGCUAUUAAAUUUUACUACAACAAAAAAUGUGAAAUUUUGAAUUCAAUCGCGACAAAUAUAACUUGCAUCAUCAGAAAGCUUGUAAAAAACUACAUAAAAGACUUUUAAGCAGUUUUUUUUAUUCUUCAAAUGGUUAUUGCUGUAAAUUAGGCACAUUAUCUCGCUAAAAGUCCCUAAUUAAUUAUUCGAUGUUUGAAAUGCGUUUUUAACAGUUUAUAAUUCGAAAACUAUUUCAGAAAUCAAAAAACUGUCUAAAUGUCUUAUAUGCAGUUUUUUAUAAGCUUUCUGAUGAUGCAAGUCAUAUUUGUUGUAAUUGAAUACAAAAUUUCACAUUUUUUGGCUAUAAUAGAAUUCAAUAGAAGAUAAUCACUAUAAUCACCCGUUUUCAGGAGUUAGCAGCAAAAUAGCGAUGGCCCCACUUCAAAUAUCUAUUAAGCAAAUAAAACUACAUCAAUUGUAAAAGUUUGAUGCUUUUAACCUCAACGGGAACUACUGAUCAAUAAUUUUACACAUAUCCGUCUCACUAUAUCAUUGUAUUGUUAUUAUACACUCACGCGCACUUAACCAAUCGGUAAUCGUUGAGAGGGUCACGUCACAUUGACAAUUUUUGUUAUAGAAUUGUUUUGGUCGAUAUAAUAAAACUCUUAUUGGAUUCAUCUUCGCCCAAUAUGGCAAAAUAUUAAGUCUCGACUUCAAUAUUAGACUCGACCUUCGGUCUCGUUUAAUAUUAAAGUCUCGACUUAAUAUUUUGCCAUAUUGGGCUGAGAAGAAUCCAAUAAGAUAUAAUAUACUAUGUCUCAGCCAUGUCUAAUGCCACUCCGAAGUAAAAGCAGAUGUCUCUGUUGACAUCAAUACUUUUCCUGCAUGAAUUCAAAGCUACACGUACAUGUUAAUAUACAAUCGAAGUGCAGUUUUAAUCGUGGCAGUGUUUCCUUUCUCACUGUCCACUGACAGUUAGAUGAAGAAACGAUGCAGAGUUUUAGCUACAUCAGUUAUAUUGGAUCAGGAUUGUCCUUAACUGCCCUGCUGUUCACUUUAUUGGUUCAUAUCUUUUUGUAGUAAGUAUAUAUAAUUUAAAUCCAAGCUCAAACUCAUUAAUAUUUCAUGAGUAAAUUAGCCAACCAUAUUACUUUAUUCUGCUCACAUUAUAAUACUGGAUACCUGAUCCAGUCCUAGGACUCAAAGGAUCAAAAUUAAUUCAGUUCCUGGAUCAAAAUUAGUUCACCUUACUUUAAGUAGUUAUUUAUUGGUAUAAGACUGAUGUCAUUCCAAAAUCCUGCAAUUCGGACUGGACUAAAUUUCAAGUCCUCGAAUUUUGACCCAGUCCUCGGCUUCGCCUCGGAUCGAAUUGCGCGGACAUGAAUUCUUGUCCAGUCCUCAUAGUCAUACUCAAUGUGGUGACUGUGCCUAAUUGCAAGCAAGAAAUGGGCAACAGCAGAAGUUUUUAUGCAACUUUCGAUAUAAAGCCUUUAGCAAUAGUGCCACUCGAUCGGCUACUAUCCCGUAAUUGAACUGUACAAUCGUCUUAGUUUCAUUUGUUUUCUAGUCGGAUUGGGAACAUUAAAUCAAAUUUAGUCGCUAUCUAAGGCCAGGGUCAAACGUCGGACUUUUCAUGCGCCGAACCUAAUGUUAAUGAGCUAAGUUCUUUGUUUCACUUCAUUUGCAUUAGGUUCGGCGCAUGAAAAGUUCGACAUUUGACCCUGGCCUUAUCUCAGACCAAUGAACUCCAAUGUUUCACGUAGCCUAUAUGUGCAUGUUGAGUUUUGAGACACAAUAUUUUGCUUUCAAUAGCUCUCUUUACAGGAAAACUUUACACAGUAAAAAGUUUGAAGCAUGAAAUAUUGUCAUUUUCUGUCACAUGCCAGACAUACUAAGUAAAUCACUGACUUGCGAUAGUAAGAAAAUGACCUCGAGCCGGAAAAGGGCGUAAUGCAGUUUAUAUACCUGGACAUUUUUCGAGAAAUUCUCAAUCAAAGUUAAGUUACGUAGCGUAAAGUUAUUUAAACUCUGAAAUGUCCAACUACAACUAUCUUUAAAAUGCAUCAUGGUAUAUGGUUUUUCCAUUCUCAUUUUUGUGUCUGUAUAAUUCUCACUCCCAAAUCCCAAUAACCCAAUUCGCAAAUCCCAUUUUCCCAGUCCAGAAUCGGUAAACCUUGUCCCGAUUUUAGUCCUUCAGGACUCCCACAAUUCCUUUUUGUUUUUGUAUGUCUCUUAAUUGAAGUAUUUAUUCUUUGUUAUUCUAGCAAUGAUCUUCAAGUGUUAUCCAGCAGUAGACAGUUAGUACAUCUAAACCUUCAAAUCGCUUUGGGAGGGACUCAGAUUGUGUUCCUAGCUGGAGGAAAACAGAGCAAAGACGAGGUCAGAAUUAGUGUUGGACUACUAAAUACUUUUAUUGUGAUUAGAAAAAAUUCUGUUUUUAAUCACAUCCAUUAGAGUACAUAUGACUCUACUUUAUAAGUAGAGCCUGACACAAACCUUAAUCUGUAUAUAGCUGGUCUCCACCUGAAAUAAAGUUUAUAUUUACAGUAUCUAGGACUCGAUCUAGGAAAUAUGUCCCGAUGCUAUUGUGGCUAUAUAAGCAUACACAAAUAAUAAGUGAACAGUUCAAUAGUUUGACAUGCAUAUGCAAUACAGAGUGUCCCAAAAAACUGCACAUUGUUUGAUUUUAUCGUAAAAACUAUAAAAGCUAUCGCAAUAAAAUAAAAUAAAAUAAAAUAAAAUAAAAUAAAAUAAAAUAAAAUAAAAUAAAAUAAAAUAAAAUAAAAUAAAAUAAAAUAAAAUAAAAUAAAAUAAAAUAAAAAUCAUAUCAUUGCAUUCUGAAAGAACUUAGAUUUUGAUAUGUAACACAUGAAUUUACAUGCAAUAUUGAGCGAGAUACAACCAAAAUAAAAAGAUUUAUUAUUUAACAAGUAUAACUACAUCGGUAAUUAUAAGGUUGUUUUAUGCUAAUUUUUGGCAUCUUCAAAAACUUCAACGUCCAGACACCAAUAGCGCAGUCAAUAUUGCAUGUACAUACUUGUACAUUCAACUCCUAUAAAUCAAAAUCUACGACAGUCCAUUCUAGGUGCAAUUAUCUUCAUUUCAUUGCAAUAACUUUUACGUUACAUUUCCGACACAGUACAAGUCACUUGGGCAAAUAUGCGCAGUCAAAACCCUGAAUUGGCUUAUAGAAUAGCCCAGCCUUAACCUUAGCUAUAUAAACACACCUUUUUACAUGAAUGCUAUAUUUUAAUUAGAACGAUUUUUUAGAUAUUUUGCAAAGUGGUGGCAAUUUUGUUGCAUUAUUUCUCCUUGGCUUCGUUUUGCUGGAUGCUGAUCGAAGCUACCAUGCUUUAUUUGAAACUUAUUUCAGUGUUUGGUGGGGAAUAUGUUCAGAUAAAAAAAUUCUGUGCAUUCGGUUGGGGUAUGUAUUCCAAACAGCUCAAAUAGUUUUUAAUAAUUCAUGAGGAGAUUAGCCAAUCAAAUUGCUUUCUGUUGGUCACGUGAUGAUACCUGUUUAGGAUCAUAAUAGGGUAGGAUCAUAGAACAAAAGAAAAUUUUUAAAAUUCUAAAUUCUCCAUCGCAGGUGAAUUGUAUACAUUCAGAUUAAAUAACCGUUUUCACAUUAGAAGACGGACAAGUCGUCUAGACGAACAAAUCGUCUUUUAUUCGGACAAAUCAUCAGAUGUGAAAACGUGGUCUCAAAUUUCAACCUGCGAACGGACGUACUCAUUACGGGCUGUAUGGCCUGCGGAGGAGGUAGGACAUUAUAUUGACGUUUCUUUGUUUGUUUAAACAGGAUUUCCACUCGCUUUUGUUAGCAUAUCUGCUGCAGUCAAGAUCGAUGGCUACGGUACUAAAGAAUGGUAAAGUUAAUUUAAAAAUUUCUAGUCGCCGUAGUUUAUUGGCAGGGGUGUGCUAAUCAUUGUGGGUUGCAGCUGAGAUCUCAGCUGAAUUACAAAGGCGCAGCCAACCUAAUCAAGUUCAAAGCUUUCCAAUGGUGCUUCUGGUAUAACCUUAUGAUUCUUGUCUAAUUAAUUAGGAAGCACAGUGAUCAGUUCAGGAACCGCGGAACAGAUAUAUGUACCAAAAUCUGGUGGAUAUUAAAAAAUUACCGGAUAAAAUCCAGCCUGUCUCCCGUGCUAUCCUAGUCCCCCCUUUUAAACAGGCUCCGCGGUCCCUGCAGUUUGGGGCUAAUUCAGACUUUGAGGCUAAUCGGAAUCCACCUUGUCAAUAUUCCUUGUGUGAGGAAAGCAGAGUAAAAACCAACGACUUUCAGUACGGCGUUGAUUGAGGCCAGAUGAGUGUGAAAAUAGUACUCAAAUUCGCCCGGAUCUGCCAUGAAACCCAUCGAAUUCCAUAUCUUUGUCUUAUAAAGCUAACCACACGGUUCUAACUAAUUUCCACUGACAUCGUGUUUCUUUCAUAAAUUAUGUUGUUAAUUUAUACUAUAUAGGUGUUGGCUGUCGUACGACAGUGGCUACUUUUGGGUGUUCUUUGCUCCUGUAAUCAUUAUUUUAUCGGUAGGUUUAAUUUUAUGGUCAGCAUUUUAUGAAGGCAUCGCCGCAUCUGAACGAAUAGCGCAAUGAAAGAGCGCUAACUUAAUUAAGUGGACCUUUCCGGUAAUUACGUCAUGACUAACACUGUUUUCAACUUUGGACCACCUUAAAUGGAAUGGGUUUUAAGUUUGUUUCUCACGGGCUAUGGUCAGAGGAACAAAACAUCCUUCUUCAACACAUGCAUAAAAAAGAAUUUUGGAUUUUGUCCAAUAAAUGUAGAAAUAAGCUUAAACACGAAAACAAGGCUGAAGGCAAGAGGGGCCGUGGCCCCUCAGCCUCGUUUUCGUGUUUAAGUUUAUUUCCACAUUUAAUAGGAAAAAUCCAAAAUUCUUUUUAAUGCAUGUGUUGCCGAAGGAUUUUCUGCUUCUCUGACCAUACGCGUGAGAAACAAACUUGAAAUCUAUUCCAUUUAAGGUGGGCUAAGUUGAAAACAGUGUGUUCUGACGUAUACGUAAUUGCCGGAAAAGUUUAUUAAAGUUAUAUUUUUGUAGUUGAAUCUUGUUACUGUCAUCGCCGUUGUUCGUGUUCUCUGUCGAGUUACAAGCAGAUGCGAAGACAACGAAAAACAGCAUAUUUAGUAAGUUGGGUAGAACUUUGUUUACAUCCCCAAAACAUCCUGGUUAAGAUUUUCCUGCUUUACUUAGAAAUAACCCUAUUUGGCUUAGCUUGAUAUUUCUGGUUAACUUAAAUUUCCUGCAUGGUUAUUUUAUCUCACUUCUAGGAAUCUCACCAUAUUUGACCAGGUUUAAUCAACCAACCUAUGUUAGGUGGAUAAAUGGCCAAGGUGGCCCUAACUGUCAAUAAUCUUAACAUUCUUAACAUUCUUCUUAACAUUCAUUUGUUGCCAUUUUCUUCAAGGUAACCCAAAUAGGCAAUCAUGAUAUGGUCCUCAAACUGGGUCAAAAUAUUUAUUUUAUCUUUUCGUUUAUGUUUUCCGUGCAGACUUGUGCACUGUGAACACAGUGAAUUUUGGGUGUAGUGAAGAAAUCAUCCAAUAGACCUUCUCGGCUUGUCCCAUUUUGAGAGAUGGUUUCUUUUCAAUUUAAUAAUAUUCGGGAACGAAUCAAUGCAUUCUCAUUGGAAUGACAAUACAACUAAAUACAAAUUGCAUGACUUUUAUAAAGGAGUUUCCAGGACUAAAAUUAAUAAAAAGCCAUGAUUUUCCGAAAUUUCCAGGGGACGUAAGAACCGUUUCAUCAAGGUGGGAUAAGUGAUGGAUAUAAAAUGGCCCUUCUUAAAUAUCAAAGGGCUAUACAGUAGCUAUGUGCAGAGACAAAGGCAUUUUCGUCGCAACCUGCAACGCAAUAGCCGUUUUUAAUGCAAUGUUAAAAAUAAGUCAAAGACAUGAAUGACUGGAUGGCAUGGAGAACAGUAUGAUUUUAAAAACAAUCGGACAAGACAAUGGAACAUUCAGAUCACCAGAUCGUGACUGGAUGACCCUUGCUGUUCUCGUGUUGAUAACUGAUAAUUUUUGAGACCUGCAUAUUCCUCUUCACAGAUACAAUAUAGCUUCAAUGUUCGUUAUCUUAUCUUUUAGCGCUGCACUGCGAGGUAUUGUUAUAUUAUUCCCUACUCUUGGCCUGUCCUGGAUAUUCAGUGUUAUCGCUGUCAAUCAUGACGCUAUGGUCUGGAAAUAUCUUUUUGCAAUAUUCAAUUCGAUACAGGUAUUGAGAGAUUCAUGCCACGUAACAAAUGAUAAUAACAUACAGUUGUAUUUUAUCUUCAUAACACGUGACAGAGCUACACUCUAAACAGACCUGGUUAAUGUAAUCGUAGGACGUCCUUGGUAAAAUAACCAGAUUUGAGACUAUGCUACAAUCUUGGGCAUAAACCUUGAGACCAUGCUAUAUAAUAAUCUUGAACAUAACCCUUGAGAUCAUUCCAAUUUCAUCUCCCCCCUCCGCCCCAGUUCAAUGUUGUAAACCACUUUUGGUAAUUUACUAUGACACAAGCUCAACAUGCAUUGACUUAAGGGGGCGGGGGCUUAAAACAUGAUUCAACAUGGAAUUUAUCAAAAGGGGUAUGCAAUUUUUGUAUAGAGAGAAAGGUAGUCUCAACCAGGUAUGUCCAAGAUUGUGGGUGAAUAACCUAGCGCCCCUUGUUAUUUAUCUACCUGGCAUAAUCUCGUGGAGUAUGUAUAGAUGUUUUAGGCCCUGCAGAAAAGGACAAAAAUAUAAUCCAAUUUUAUCUCUCUUAUUAAUUUAGGGAUUUCUAAUUUUUCUGAUUUAUGGAGUUUGCAAUGGAGAGGUAUAUUAGGUGAAAAUGCUAAACUUGUUAUCAAAACUCGCCCCACCAUUUCACAAGUUUCUUGUUAGUAUAGAUCAGAACAGCAUUGAAACGUCGACUGGGAAGAGACAUAAAUCCUUUUUCAUCAACCACAUAAAACUAGGUAAGGUCUAGUUAUCACUUAUACAUCACAGAUGUCAAUCAAGAUAUGCACUGAAAACUCAGCAAACUUCAGAGCGUUUAUAAUGAGCUACGAUUUUCCGUUGAGACGGCGUCACCGUACGCAAACGUUUGAACUUUCGGCUAUUAAUAUUUCAAUUAACAGUACGGUUGAGUGACUCGAUGAGGAGAUGCUAUUAGCCAUUUCCCAAAGUCCUGAGUCUAGUCGCGCGAAUCCCAUGUUGGAGGGACAAGAAAUAUGGCAGCAGACAUUUAAAUUAAAUGUUUAUUGUAAAAAGGAGAAUAUUUCAUUUUCGGUCGUCUAAACAGUUGAUAUUUGAUAGUAGACACUUCUACUCUUUCACAUAUUUGACGCCUGUCGCCAUAUAUUUUGUCCCUCCAAACGAUCCCAGAAUAUACUGUGAUCUCUUUUGGGAAAAGGCUAAUUGGAGGUUGCUUUACUAUGCCAACAUUUCAUACAGUCUUCAUCCUGCACAAGUAUCCAAAAACAUGGACAAAAAACAGAACAAAUAUGCAUUGGCCGAGUUUUUUCGAAAGUCUCUACGUUUUUUCGAAAAUAUUACUCGUAAUUCACUUUUAAUUACCGAAAUUGCAUUUAUUACAUAAUUUAUUACAAAAGUUCAUAAAUAUCGAAUGUUGUAUUAUCAUCAAUCCAUCAACAUCAAUUCACUAAUAUUAAUCACCACCAAGUAUACAUGGGUUGUUUACCAUUUACAUGUAAAACCCAUCCGGUUUGAAAUUGUGCUAAUGGUAAGCAAAAUUUCGGAUAGAAAAUCCCAUUCGGAUUAUUCGCUUUCCAUUUAAUAAUUUCAAUUGUUAAAUCGCGAAGAGCCUGGAACUGGUGAAAAAAAUUUAAAAAGUGUAAAUGGAACAACAUUUACCGGUUGAAACUUUCCAAUCGGUAAGAGAGGACAACCUUUUCAAACAAACCGUUUAUUCCGGAAAAGUUCCGGUUGGGCCGUCGAAAUAUGCUUGUUCCAUUUACUUUCCAUAUGGAAUCACCGGAAUUUCCAUGUAAAUGGUAAACAACCAUGGUGUGCACACCACGUAAUUUAUGCAGUUACCAUCAAACAAUUAUCUAUUGUUCAAAUAAUUAAUUGUAAAAAGCAUAACUUUAUAACACAAUAAAAUGUAAGUAAUCAGUUGUCCAGUCACUCAUUGAUUUGACUGACAUAUUUGUGACAUUACGCAAAUUAAAGGGUGCACGCAUUAUAGGAAAAAUAAUUAAGGGAAGAUGCAUUCAGCAUUCAUUCUCAGCUUUUACCUUCUUUUCUAUCUAAUUAUUGACGAAGUUAUGAAUAUUUGACUAUAAGGAACUAUGUGUCAAAACUGAAAAUCACAUGACUAAUGUUCCGCUUACGUAAGAAAGAACUAGUUAUAUAUAGCAUUGUUUUCACUAAAAUUCCUAUCAUGUAUUUAACAAACCACAAAGUUCUCCAUUUAACUCAGAUUUAAAUAAGUCAUCAGGCAAGCCAGCGUUUAGUAACAUUUCUUUAACAUCCUUUCGCACACUAUAGAAUAUGAGCUUUAUUUCACGAUCCCUGCAUUCGAAAUAUAACUGGACCAAUCCUUCUGUCACGGUAAAAUCACAUUCAAACAUCGUGGAACAAUCGAAAAUGACAACAGUAGGUCCAUUAUCAACUAACGCUUUCUCCCUUACUUUAGAAGUAAGAUAAUCAACACCAACGUAAGUUAAACCACCAAGUAAUUUAAAAUGACAUCGACCAUUAAUCUCCCCUUGGAUUUCGACUUCUGGAACAAGACGGCGAUACAAGAAUACAACCAUAGCCACCACGACACCACAUAAUAUACCGACAUCCAAUUGGUAGAAGCAGGCAAAAAAUGUCACAAAGAAUGUUACAAGGUCUAUCCUGCUAGUUCGCCAAAUUCGUUUCACUAUCCGGAAAUCGACCAUUCGUAGGAUUGCCAUGAUAAUUAUUGACGACAAGGAUGCUUUGGGGAUAUAUUUGAAGAAUGGUGUUAAUACACUCAGAGCUAAUAAAACAACACAACCAGUGAAUACGCCUAAAGGAAAAUAAAAUAUACAGGUUACCUCUAAGAACACUCUCAUCCCCUAGGUACGAGGCUGACAAUAGCGGUUAUAUUUAUACCCAUAUCUACGACUUUUUCCACAAGCACAAUGAUUAUUAUAGACUAAAAUAUAGUGAAUAUAAUAACCAAAUAAGUUAAAAUAAGAAAAAUAACUGAACUUUUUCAAAGUUCAUUUCGAUUCUUUUAAAUGAUGUGUUGGACAAGAGAGUAAAGAGUAAAGGCCCGUUUAGAAGUGCAAUUUUUGCUGCGAUUUUCUCCUGAUGCAUGUUAAUGAGUUGAUGAGUUACGAAUGUUCGGAGUACAUGCAUGCACCCUUAUCUGAACAUUCAUAACUUGUCCACUCGUUCACAUCCAUCAGAAUUCAGAAAAAGAAACUCCCAGCAAAAAUUGCGAGUGUAAACGAGCCAUAAGAACUUCGAUCGUCUUCGAAAUGGAUAUUAUACAUAAUGUAUUAAUGGCAAUUUUCGGAUGUUGGGAAAUACUGAGAAAAUUGGGUAAUUUUCGAAUUCAGGAUGGUCGUAUAACUAGCUAUCCUGUUUCAAGAUAUUUGUUGUGUUGGUGUAGUGUACUCGGGUG